UAAUCAACAGAUUUGCUUUAAGCAACACAUCUUCCUGGGUAAGAUGCGUUAGAUGUGACGCCCGUAGGACAGUACUUCCUAACUACCACCAUAAAUAUACUACCCAAAGAUGGUGUGUAUUGCGGGCUAUUCAUGCCCGUGCCAUCUCUAGGGCGACUUAAUCUUCAUCGACCAAUCACUGGUGUAUAGGGGUCACGUGUGCCUAGUGCCGCGAGCAGUACGGGAAUCGAACCAGCGUCAUGGGUCACCCCCUAGGGACGUGCUCCCGUCACCCAAAAGUACGUACUGAGGAUGAGGACCUUCACACUGGUGGUGCUGGCGGUGGUGGCUCUGACUGCCGCAUCGGCUGAGGAAGCAGGGAAGGAGAAGAAAGCGGCUUCAGAGAACGAUGGGAAAUCCAUCACCAAAACUGCCGCCCGGAGGGAAGACCUCCAAACGACUUGGAAGAGCCCUCAGGUCUACAGUUACAGGUCACCCGCCCAGGGAGCAGGCAGCGGAAGCAUCUAUCCCUCCAGUUACUAUCCCAGCAACGUCAUCCCCUCCAGCUACUAUCCCAGCAACGUCAUCCCUUCCAGCUACUAUCCCAGCAACGGCAUCCCCUCUAAGAACCCGUCCAUCGUGCCUACAGUGUAUCCCUACACCCCACGGGUUGGGGACGGGUCACCAGAGGCCUUCACCGCCCGACGAGCCUCCUCCUACACCACUGCAGGGGGCAAGGUCUUCUUCGCUGAGGGAGUCACCCAGCAGGUCGGGUCAGGAUGGAACACCGCCACCAGUGAGUUCCUCGCCCCUUCUUCAGGAGUCUACUUCUUCACCUUUGCUGCCAUGUCCGACCGCUACACAAACUUUAGGGUGAGUCUGAUCCACAACGGUGCGGAGGUGGUGAGCGCCUACGGCGACGCCGACGGGUACCAGAUGGGCAGCCAGAGCGCCGUCAUCCGCCUCAACGCUGGAGAUCGAGUCUACCUCCAGCUCCAGGAAGGACGACUCUAUGACGUGUCUUCUUCCAGGGCCUAUAACUCUUUCUCCGGCUUCAAGGUCCUCUGAGGGAAGUUGCUCUAUGACUUAUGCACCUUCUCUUAGAUGUAUGUUUAACCACUCUAUAAAUCCAUCAAUAUUUGUAUCACACCUUGUAUGUAUGUACGUUACCUGAAUAAAUAUUUUGUUUCACUUGUCCUCGUCAUGUCUAGGACCUCCACUAUUAUAUUCGUCUAGAUUGAUAUUGAGGAGCUUUACCGGCAUGGGGAGAGACAGUACCUGAUGCUAGAAUGACUGUGCAGCACAUGGGAAGAAUAUUAGGACAGACUAAGAUAUGGGAUUUGAAGACGGAGUGAAGGAACGAUGCCCAACCACUCCGAUAUCGGGGAUCGAAAUCCGACCCUUCAAGAAGUGGGGCCGUCACUGUACCGAUCUCUUUAAGUGGAUUGACAUUGAAGGUUGUGUGGAACACCACCUUAUCUUCCAGAUAUCUGCCACCUUCAAGAAAAUUACCGAUAGAACAAGACAUCACUUUUUCACUAGUGUUGCAAAAUGUUGCCUCAAAAGUUCGUGUAGGGUAUUAAUGACCCAGUUUUGGGUGCUUUCCAAAGUAGUUUCACUUUAUAAAAUUAUGACAGAUUGGUUUGAAAAAUACUGAACAAUUUUUAGAUACAAGUUGGUUAAAUAAUUUGCAACUCUUGUUUGCCUGUUUGCAAAUUUCAUUCGUAUGGCGCAUUUGAAGAGUUACAAUAACGUGUUCUCGUACAUAUUCCGGAAUAUGUGUUCCAUUUUCAAUUUUAUCAACAGUUUCGUUGCAAACGAUUUACGUAUUAUUGCACAACGUGUCCCCUAGAAUAAUACAUCGCAUUUUUAAGUCAAAAUCCUCAACGGACAAAAUAUGAUGUACUAUAAAUCAUAGCGGCUCACAAACAUUCACGUUUUCUAUGAGUGGAUUGCUAGGUUAGAUUCGGGUGUUUAAGUACACCAUUUUCUGUCCGUUAUGGCAACUCGAGAGGACGGGCUCUAUUGUAACCCUGAAUAAAUGGCAUAUAUGAACAUUAGGUACAAGUUGUGUUUAUCAUUGACAUACUUUACAAGUCUCUAUGUCUCCCCGAUUAGGAUACCUUGAUUUUGUCAGCCUUAUUCCUGGUGUUUACCUAUUCUUUUGAAUGGUUUCCGUUAAUUAUAUUAAUAUUUAUAAUAUAAUUUAUAUUGUCAGAUAUGCCUCACAGUAUAGAACAUAUUUAGUUCACAAUUAAUGUUACUAAAGUAUUUAAUGUACAUGAGAAAUAGGUUAUUUCUUCAAUGUAGGUGCAAGUCUCUAGCCUAAUAGAGUGCCGUUUAGUAUUUUGGAGCUUGAAAAUUAUUCUGUGUGUGUAUAUUAAUGCUCUUUGAAUUUGAAUAUUAUUGUAGAAGGCGCUAGUGAAGGAAAGGUGGUUCUGGGAGGAGCUUCACAUAUGAUCAGACCGGAAGGUCUUUCCUGAGAUAAAGGCUGGUGUUCCGGGUUGGUUCCUUUGUCUAGAGAAGUUCUUCCCUGAGCCUAACCUUGCCCCUGGCUUGUGAAGCUCUUCCCUGAAUCAAACCUUGCCCCUGGCUUGUGAAGCUCUUCCCUGAAUCAAACCUUGCCCCUGGCUUGUGAAGCUCUUCCCUGAAUCAAACCUUGCCCCUGGCUUGUGAAGCUCUUCCCUGAAUCAAACGUUGCCGCUGGCUUGUGAAGUUCUUCCCUGAAUCAAACGUUGCCGCUGGCUUGUGAAGCUCUUCCCUGAAUCAAACGUUGCCCCUGGCUUGUGAAGCUCUUCCCUGAAUCAAACCUUGCCCCUGGCUUGUGAAGUUCUUCCCUGAAUCAAACGUUGCCCCUGGCUUGUGAAGCUCUUCCCUGAAUCAAACGUUGCCCCUGGCUUGUGAAGCUCUUCCCUGAAUCAAACGUUGCUCCUGGCUUGUGAAGCUCUUCCCUGAAUCAAACCUUGCCCCUGGCUUGUGAAGUUCUUCCCUGAAUCAAACGUUGCCCCUGGCUUGUGAAGCUCUUCCCUGAAUCAAACGUUGCCCCUGGCUUGUGAAGCUCUUCCCUGAAUUAAACGUUGCCCCUGGUUUGUGAAGCUCUUCCCUGAAUCAAACCUUGCCCCUGGCUUGUGAAGUUCUUCCCUGAAUCAAACGUUGCCCCUGGCUUGUGAAGCUCUUCCCUGAAUCAAACCUUGCCCCUGGCUUGUGAAGUUCUUCCCUGAAUCAAACCUUGCCCCUGGCUUGUGAAGUUCUUCCCAGAGCCAGAAGACCCUACAUAGCAGGUGUUCUCAUUUCCCUAUAUUCAUGCAUCAAAUCUUGGCAUUGCUCCUGAAAUUUGUCAAGUUCAUAACUUGAACACUUCUUAUCUGAUUUGUCUGUUAUGGAAUUUAUUUUGUACGUGAUACCCAACUGUUUAGUACACAGAGUACCUUAAAGUUUCUUUUAUUCUAGGAUAAGAUUUUGAGAAGUUAAGAUUAAAAGAAAAAGAUUGCCGACAAUGGUACAGUAGUUAUAGUGGUGAUGUUUGUUCUUUUAAACAUUCACUAAAUCAAUGUGUAGUGGCGUAUGUAAAGCAUGCAAAUGUUGUAAUGUAUUCUGUACAUUGAUGCAUAUUAAGAGCUGUAUUUCCUGAAAUAUGAUAACAUUAAAAAUAUGCAAACAUUAACUUUUACAAAAUAAAAAUAUCCUGAGA